AUGGAAAUGGGGGAAGGAGCCCUUUGCUCUGGUUUCGAUCUCGUCACACCAAAAUCCGAGCAAAACCAGGCGAAAAAUGUUGCACCCAUUGUGUCCUCUUUCAACGAUCACAUUCGUCCGGUUCUUGACGCUCUCGAGAACCUGAGGCGUCUCAACAUCACCAAAGAAGGGAUACAGCUUCCAACCAUAGUUGUUGUUGGUGACCAGUCUUCUGGCAAGUCCAGUGUUCUAGAAUCUCUCGCUGGAAUAAGCUUGCCCCGUGGACAAGGUAUCUGCACAAGGGUACCCUUAGUCAUGAGGCUCCAAAACCACUCACUUCCCAAACCGGAGAUGGUUUUGGAGUAUAAUGCCAAAACUAUGUCCACUGAUGAGGCUCACGUCUCUGAAGCAAUUAGAGUUGCCACAGAUGAGCUUGCAGGGGGUGGGAAAGGAAUUUCCAACACCCCGUUAACUCUUGUGGUGAAGAAGAACGGUGUUCCUGAUCUCACUAUGGUUGAUCUUCCAGGUAUCACUCGCGUGCCUGUUCAUGGUCAACCUGAGGAUAUCUAUGACCAGAUUAAGGAUAUUAUUAUGGAGUAUAUAAGGCCUGAGGAGAGCAUUAUUCUCAAUGUUUUAUCUGCCACUCAUGAUUUCUCUACUUGUGAGUCCAUUAGGAUGUCACAGGGUGUUGACACAACUGGAGAGAGGACUCUUGCUGUGGUCACAAAAGUUGAUAUUUUCCCGGAGGGGCUGUAUGAAAAGGUCAUUUCUGAUGAUGUGAACAUCGGUCUUGGCUAUGUGUGUGUAAGAAAUCGCAUUGGAGACGAGUCCUACGAAGCUUCUCGAGAAGAAGAAGCCAAACUAUUCAAGACGCACACAUAUCUGUCCAAAAUUGACAAGUCCAUGGUUGGCAUUCCGGUUUUGGCACAGAAACUGGUUCAGCUUCAAGCGGCCGGUAUUUCGAAAAUAUUGCCAGAAAUUGUCAAGAAGAUCAAUGACAAGCUCGGUUCUCGUCUUGCCGAGCUGGACAAAUUGCCCAGAAACCUCCCUUCUUUGGUUGAUGUAAUGGCUGAAUUCAUGCAUAUCAUGGGGUUGGCAAGAGAGUCCCUCAGGAAGAUUCUUCUUAAAGGAGAAUUUGACGAGUACCCUGAUGACAAGUAUAUGCAUUCCACUGCUCGCCUUGUUGAUAUGCUGGAUCAGUACUCAAAUGAUCUUCGCAAGGGUCCUGGAAGUGACGGUGAUAAGAAAUUUUUGAUGGUAGAAAUUGGGGUGCUAGAAGAAGCCAGGUGUAUUGGACUUCCAAACUUCAUGCCACGCACUGCAUUUCUUGCUCUUGUACGGAAUGAAGCGAAAGCCAUUUCAAGCAUGCCAAUUGAGUUCAUUGACAAGUUGUGGGACUAUCUUGAGGAGGUGGUGGUGGCUGUUCUGGAAGAUCACUCAGAACACUAUCACCAACUUCAGACAUGUGCAAAACGAGCUGCGCAGAAGCUUAUUGCGAAGAUGAAGGAGAAUUCUAUUAAAUAUGUUAUGGAGGUUGUGGAAAAGGAGCAGUUAACCGAUUAUACUUGCAGUCCUGACUACAUGAUUGAGUAUAAUAAGCUAAUGGCCAAACAGGAUUAUUUCGUGAAUAUGGUUACUGGGAGAUCUUCUCAGGUAGUUCUUGAUGAAUUUGGGACCAUUAAGGUUAGUCAUCUGAUUCACUCUCCAACUAUGCUUCGGCAAGCAUUUGACUUGAAAAUGAGACUGACGGCAUACUGGAAGAUUGUGCUGCGGAGGCUGAUUGACAACACUGCUCUGCAUCUGCAAUCCAGCAUUUUCAAUCUUUUGAAAAGGGAUUUCGGAGACGAGGUUUUGAAAGAUCUGAUGUCUUCGUGUGGAGGUGGAAUCGAGAGAUUGUUGGAGGAAACUCCUUCAGUUGCCGUGAAACGCGAGACGCUUGAUAGGAGCGUUAAGAUUCUGAAAGAAAGUAAGGACGUCGUGGCUGGCAUUAUGGACAAAAUUUCUACUUUUAGUAAUUAG